AUGACGCAUCAUUCGGAGGUAGUUUCUUCUGAUGAUGAGGACUUCUUCGGCUUGUACCAACAAAGCUCUGCAGCCAAUGCGAUUUUGUACGUGGGACUUGGUACGGUAGCGAUAGGAUUAGUCAUAUCUUUUGUCGGCACUGGCGAAAAGGGCUUUAAAACAUUAGAAUUGAGGUUGAUUGGACCUACGUUAAUAGGUUGUGGCCUUCUAUGUUGUUUGGUACGAAUACUUCUGUGUUUCUGCCCUUCGAGAUGUGGUCGUGCCCGCAGAAAACGACAGCGAAGUAAACGUGUAACGGCAGCAGGCGGUAGCGAACGUUGUCGCACUGCACCGAUUUGUGCUGAAUAUGACCUGCGCCCACCAGGAUCAGCCAGCGCGAACAAGACAUAUUGCAUGAAUAAUUCUAUAUUUUAUCAAGGUUUAAUGGCAAAUGGUGAGGAAGAUUUGGCGCUUUCCGAGCAAUGCGCAUCUCUGCUUCGACAAGAUCCAAAUCGGCAAAGUCAUAAAAAGCGGGUCUCUAUAGCGCCUUGUGGAAAUACGAAUACUACGACGUACACGACGCAGUGCGAACGGCCUGAUUCAAAUCACCAGAUGCCGCAUUGUUCGAAAAUUUUCCAACCAUCACAAUCAAUUCAACUUCAGAUGCAAGCAAUUCAAGGGCACGAAAUGCAGAGCUUGGAUGUUUGUAGUGUUACAAGUAGCGAGGAAAAUCUGAUGACGGUAAUCGAGGUACCAAAGAUUCGUCCAAUGAGUGAACCUACUGCGUCCAAUUCAAACAACGGAAACGGAAACGCGACAGGGAGUUGUCGUCCUGAACUAUUACUAAGUCCUUCGCAACUGGGCCAAUGA